GGCGAUCCCUUGUGUUAUGUAACCCCCGCUCGCUGCUCCGCGAAGUCUGCUCGCCUGGCCCCCGGCUGCAGUGGGGGGACCGCGCCGUGAUUUGUAAAAUGGGAUGGGGCGGAGAAGCGCUCUUUUCUGGGGACGAUGAUGAUGAUGAUGUCCUGCCGCGGUGGGCGCCAUGUUUAUCCCGGGGACUACUUUCUCUAGCCCUCUGCACCUACUACUGGAAAGGAGUCCUGUCAUCGAUCCACCUGCUUUUCCUCCUUUCUGCGUCUUGUCCUGGUUUCCUCCCGCGGCAGAUGUGGGAUUCCCCGCACACUGUUAGUGAGAUAACACUGGGCAUUCCUCGGCUCGCUUGUCAGAGCUGAAGAGUCUUCAUGGCGGACACCGACUUAUUUAUGGAAUGUGAGGAGGAGGAGUUGGAACCGUGGCAGAAAAUCAGUGACGUCAUCGAGGACUCUGUAGUUGAAGAUUACAAUUCAGUGGAUAAAACUCCUGCAGUUUCUGUGAGCCAGCAGCCAGUCUCGGCUCCAGGGCCCAUCGCUGCCCAUGCUUCUGUUGCUGGGCACCUCUCUACACCCACCACCGUUAGUAGCAGCGGGGCACAGAACAGCGACAGUACAAAGAAGACUCUUGUCACACUAAUUGCCAACAACAAUGCUGGCAAUCCUUUGGUCCAGCAAGGUGGACAGCCGCUCAUUCUGGCCCAGAAUCCAGCCCCAGGCCUGGGCACAAUGGUUACUCAGCCAGUGUUGAGGCCAGUCCAGGUCAUGCAGAAUGCCAAUCAUGUGACUAGUUCCCCCGUGGCUUCGCAACCAAUAUUCAUCACCACACAGGGAUUUCCUGUAAGGAAUGUCCGGCCUGUACAAAAUGCAAUGAAUCAGGUUGGGAUUGUGCUGAACGUACAGCAAGGCCAAACGGUUAGACCAAUUACACUAGUCCCAGCCCCAGGCACCCAGUUUGUUAAGCCGACAGUUGGAGUUCCCCAGGUGUUCUCUCAGAUGACCCCAGUGAGACCAGGCUCCGCAAUGCCAGUGAGGCCCACCACCAACACCUUCACCACCGUCAUCCCAGCCACUCUGACCAUUCGGAGCACCGUCCCACAGUCCCAGGCCCAGCAGACCAAGUCUACACCCAGCACUUCCACCACUCCCACUGCCACACAGCCGACCUCACUGGGACAACUAGCCGUUCAGCCUCCAGGCCAGUCCAACCAGACCUCAAAUCCCAAACUAGCUCCCUCCUUCCCCUCUCCACCUGCAGUGAGCAUUGCCAGCUUUGUCACUGUGAAGCGACCUGGGGUGACAGGUGAAAAUAGCAAUGAAGUGGCCAAAUUGGUGAAUACCCUUAACACCAUCCCUUCCCUGGGCCAGAGCCCUGGGCCAGCAGCAGUAUCCAACAACAGCUCUGCCCACAGCUCUCAAAGAACCAGCGGACCUGAGUCUUCAAUGAAAGUGGCCUCUUCCAUCCCAGUGUUUGACCUCCAGGAUGGUGGACGGAAAAUUUGUCCACGGUGUAAUGCUCAAUUCCGUGUCACUGAAGCUUUGCGAGGUCACAUGUGUUACUGUUGCCCAGAAAUGGUUGAGUAUCAGAAGAAAGGAAAGUCCCUGGAUCCUGAACCCAGUGUCCCGUCAGCAACAAAGCCACCGUCCCCUGAGAAAACAGCUCCUGUUGCUUCCACACCCUCUUCUACACCUAUUCCUGCUUUGUCACCACCUACCAAAGUACCCGAGCCAAAUGAGAAUGUGGGGGAUGCUGUGCAGACCAAGCUCAUUAUGCUGGUAGAUGACUUUUAUUAUGGACGGGAUGGUGGCAAAGUAGCCCAGCUCACGAACUUCCCUAAGGUCGCCACAUCUUUCCGAUGCCCACACUGUACCAAGAGGCUGAAGAACAACAUUCGAUUCAUGAACCAUAUGAAACAUCACGUAGAACUUGAUCAGCAGAAUGGUGAGGUAGAUGGUCAUACUAUCUGCCAACACUGUUACCGCCAGUUUUCCACUCCCUUCCAGCUCCAGUGUCACUUGGAAAAUGUUCAUAGUCCCUAUGAAUCUACUACCAAGUGCAAGAUCUGUGAGUGGGCGUUUGAGAGUGAGCCACUGUUUCUCCAGCAUAUGAAGGAUACUCAUAAGCCUGGAGAGAUGCCUUAUGUCUGCCAGGUGUGUCAGUAUCGCUCCUCACUCUACUCUGAGGUAGAUGUCCAUUUUCGGAUGAUCCAUGAGGACACCCGGCAUCUGCUCUGCCCUUAUUGCCUGAAGGUCUUCAAAAAUGGCAAUGCAUUCCAACAGCAUUACAUGAGGCACCAGAAGAGAAAUGUUUAUCACUGCAACAAAUGCCGGCUGCAGUUUCUCUUUGCCAAGGACAAAAUUGAACACAAGCUUCAGCACCAUAAAACCUUCCGUAAACCCAAGCAGCUGGAAGGUUUGAAGCCAGGCACCAAGGUGACCAUCCGGGCUUCCCGUGGGCAGCCACGAACCGUGCCUGUGUCCUCCAGCGAUACGCCUCCCAGCACGCUGCAGGAGGCGACCCCACUGACCUCCUCCGCGGACCCUCUGCCUGUCUUCCUUUAUCCCCCUGUCCAGCGCACCAUCCAGAAGAGAGCUGUUAGGAAAAUGAGCGUCAUGGGCCGGCAGACUUGUCUAGAGUGCAGUUUUGAGAUCCCAGAUUUCCCCAAUCAUUUCCCUACUUACGUACACUGCUCUCUGUGUCGCUACAGCACCUGCUGCUCCCGAGCGUACGCUAACCACAUGAUCAACAAUCAUGUUCCACGGAAGAGCCCUAAAUAUUUGGCUUUGUUUAAAAAUUCCGUGAGUGGAAGCAAGCUGGCCUGCACUGCUUGUACCUUUGUUACCUCCGUGGGAGAUGCCAUGGCCAAGCAUUUGGUGUUCAACCCCUCUCACAGAUCCAGCAGCAUCCUGCCGCGGGGACUCACUUGGCUAUCUCACUCAAGGCAUGGCCAGACUCGUGACCGAGUGCAUGACCGGAACUUGAAGAACAUGUACCCUCCUGCUUCCUUCCCCCCUCACAAAGCCGCCACUGUGAAAUCUCCGGGGGCCGCCCCAGCUGAGCCUGAAGAGCUCCCGCCUCCCGUGACCCAGGCGCUCCCCUCGCCAGCCUCCACUGCAACCCCGCCCCAGACCCCUGCCCACCCACAGCCUUUAGUCCUCCCACCCUUGGCCACAGAGGGGGCCGAAUGUCUGAAUGUCGAUGACCAGGAAGAAGGGAGCCCGAGCACCCAGGACCCUGAGCCCGCAUCAGGUGGCAGUGGCAGUGGGGUGAGCAAGAAGGAGCAGCUGUCUGUGAAGAAGCUUCGGGUAGUACUGUUUGCCCUGUGCUGCAACACGGAACAGGCAGCCGAACACUUCCGAAACCCCCAGCGACGUAUCCGGCGCUGGCUUCGGCGCUUCCAGGCCUCCCAGGCGGAGAACCUAGAGGGCAAGUACCUGAGCUUUGAGGCCGAGGAGAAGCUGGCUGAGUGGGUGCUGACCCAGCGAGAGCAGCAGCUACCCGUGAAUGAGGAGACCUUGUUCCAAAAGGCCACCAAGAUAGGACGUUCUCUGGAGGGGGGCUUUAAGAUCUCCUACGAGUGGGCUGUGCGCUUCAUGCUGCGACACCACCUGACUCCACACGCCCGGCGGGCCGUGGCCCACACCCUCCCUAAGGACGUGGCCGAGAACGCCGGGCUCUUCAUAGAGUUCGUACAGCGGCAGAUCCACAACCAAGACCUGCCCUUGUCUAUGAUCGUGGCCGUCGAUGAGGUCUCCCUGUUCCUGGACACGGAGGUGCUGAGCAGCGACGACAGGAAGGAGAACGCCCUGCAGACGGUGGGCACGGGGGAGCCCUGGUGCGACGUCGUGCUGGCCAUUCUGGCCGACGGCACCGUGCUCCCCACCCUGGUGUUCUACCGAGGACAGAUGGACCAGCCUGCUAACGUGCCAGACUCCAUACUGCUGGAGGCGAAGGAGAGUGGCUACAGUGACGACGAGAUCAUGGAGCUGUGGUCCACCCGUGUGUGGCAGAAGCACACGGCCUGCCAGCGCAGCAAAGGCAUGCUCGUGAUGGACUGCCAUCGCACUCACCUGUCGGAGGAGGUCCUGGCCAUGCUUAGUGCCUCCAGCACUCUGCCUGCGGUGGUGCCAGCAGGCUGUAGCUCCAAAAUCCAGCCACUAGACGUGUGCAUCAAGCGAACUGUCAAGAACUUCCUGCACAAAAAGUGGAAGGAACAGGCUAGGGAAAUGGCAGAUACUGCGUGUGAUUCUGAUGUGCUGCUCCAGCUGGUGCUGGUCUGGCUGGGUGAGGUGCUGAGCGUCAUAGGGGACUGCCCCGAGCUGGUGCAGCGGUCCUUCCUGGUGGCCAGCGUGCUGCCAGGCCCCGACGGCAACGUCAGCUCCCCCACGAGAAACGCAGACAUGCAGGAGGAGCUCAUCGCCUCCCUGGAGGAGCAGCUGAAGCUGAGCGGAGAGCAGUCCGAGGAGCCGUCCUCUUCCACGCCCCGGCCCAGGGCGUCUCCUCAAGAGACAGUCGAGCCCGAGAGCCUGCACCAGCUGUUUGAGGGCGAAAGUGAGACGGAGUCUUUUUAUGGCUUUGAAGAAGCUGACCUCGAUCUGAUGGAGAUUUGAGUGCUGGGUCACGAGGGCAUGUGGAGUAGGGGUGGGAAAGUUAGGGAGGGUGGCGGGACUCGGGAAAGGGGACAUACCAGGUGGGGUAUUCGGUCUAUAUUUUUUAAUUUUAUGCCACCACUCCCCAACAUUGACUUACAACUUCCCUGUGAAUUUGUGGAUUCUUAGGAAAACCAAUAGUGAUCACGUCUGAGCCGAGGAGCUGGCCCAUUGGUCAUUCAAUUCUGCUAAAAACAGGUUUUUGUGACUUUUUUUUAAAUUUAAAUCACUGUGUUUGGUAUUUUUCUGACAAAAUCAAGAAAAAGAAAAAAAAUUCUUUGUGGGCGAAUGUUAAAUUGUUUUGUUUCCCCUCUUACCUCAGUUGUAUCAUAGUACUUCUAGAGUGUUUGUUUGUUUUACUGUGUGGCCAACGUCUUUGGGCAUGAUGCUAUCUAACCAUUGUCAAUGUGAGAACAUUUCUGAUGAUGAGAAAGACAAAAAUAUGUAGCUCAAAAACUGGUUUAUUAUAUAUAUGGAUAAACUUUUUUCAUUGUGGUCUUAACACUUUUAUAUAAAAAUGAAAAUGGAAAAAAAAAUCCCACUGAACUCUCGCUCUUCCUUCUCCUUUUCUUGCCUUCCCUCUCCAGAGAUGUUGGUUUCUACAUCAACCCUAGAUAUAAAAUUGUGGCUUUAAAAAAAUGCAUGAAACCACCUCUGAGCAUCCAGAACGAUGAAUAAUUUGUCUUUCCCUCACCACGCUCCUUCCGACAAAAGCAGUAUUCUUUGCACUCGCCCCUUCCCCCAUUCUCACCCCCUCCGUCCCUCUGGACAAAGGACCAUACGUGUAUCAUUAGUGAGCAGGAGGUGCUGAGGUGAUCAGAGCGCGUGCUAGGGUGCGAGCCAUGCCCAGUUUGAGCCUUCAUCCUGCAAGCCCCGGGCAGUACCAGCCUUGGUGAGCUUCAGCCUGGGACGUGGACAGGUCCUACAGCCAGGAGCUAAUUGCAUAAAAAGCGAAGUGUCGAACUCUACACAGGAAAGAGAGCCCACUUGUGGACAUUCUGCUUACCCUGUGGCCUUCCCCUAUUUUUCUCUUACCAUUUAAAGAACCUGACCUGAGAAACAGCACGGAGUGUGCACGGAGAAAAAGACAUGAAUAUUUUUCACUGCCAGCUUCAAGGGAAGAAAAUUUUUUCUACAAUUUGCAUGAGGGAUUUUUUUUUAAAGAAUUGUAUGUAUUCGUGGAUACAAACCAAAAUGUACUGCACCAGAGAAAAGGAGCGAGCAGCACGCCCCCGUCCCGCAGCUACACCGCUCACCUGUCCGUCCUGAGGCGGCAGCAGCAUCUCCCUCCUGGGAGCCGAGGAGGCAGCCUGCAGGAGCUUCUAAAUGCCUCAUCUUUAAAUGUACAUAAGUGGAACAUUUAAUAAAAUGAGGGGAAAUGGAUUUAUAAGCUUUGUUUUUCUAGGUAGCCCUGUCCAAGGUAGGCUUUCGCAGACUGGGCGAUGUCGAGAGGGGACGGGCACGGUGGCGCAGGCUGACACUCUCCCUGCUCCUGCCGGUGUUUUUGUUUUUGACCCCAGCACACUAUAAUAUAGUGAACUGGAGCAUCCCCGCAGCACAGCCAGCGUUUGUGAACCCACAGCAUCUGAAGACGACCAAGGAUCCAUCUGGGCUUCUCAUCCCCAGCUUUUUGCCUGAUGCCAUUGUCAGACUGUGGACUUCCAAGUCAACCCUUUGCCUCGGAGAAAGUUCAAGAACUAUGGUCACGUCUAUCUACAGCAACUUAAUCCUCCUCUGGUAGUCUCUGCAGCAGCCACAGCCUUAGCAGAGCUGGGUUCCUGGCCUCUGCACACUGAUUGGCUUUGUUGAUGGGCAGUUUUUUUUUAAAAAAUAACCAACAGUGGAUCAGCUGGGUUUUGGCCAGGAAGUUGUCUUUGUGGACUCUGCCUGCAUGGCUUAGUAGUAGAAGGAAGGUUUUUUUUGUUGUUUUUUA